AUGGGUCUGCUAAUCGCUUCAACCAAGUAUGGAGAAGAGUUCUUCAAGCAUUCGUACCUGAGGCUAGGCUUUCCUGGUAGUGUAACUCCGGAUUAUGUAGGGUUUCAGUUAUGGGACACGUUACAGGGGCUCUCUACUUAUAUAAAGAUGAUGCUUUCAACUCAGGCUCUUUUGAGUGCAAUUGGGGUUGGUGAGAAGUCUGCAACAGUUAUAGGUGCUACAUUUCAGUGGUUUCUGAGGGAUUUCACUGGGAUGCUUGGAGGCAUAUUGUUCACAUUUUAUCAGGGUUCCAACCUGGAUAGUAAUGCAAAAAUGUGGCGUCUAGUUGCUGACCUUAUGAAUGAUAUCGGAAUGCUAAUGGACCUUCUUUCUCCUCUGUUUCCAUCUGCCUUUAUCAUUGUGGUCUGCUUAGGAAGUCUCUCAAGAUCAUUUACUGGUGUUGCAAGUGGAGCAACCAGAGCAGCACUAACUCAGCACUUUGCUCUCCAGGACAAUGCAGCGGAUAUCUCUGCUAAGGCACUCUGGCUUCUUUUCACUGUCAAUGAUGUAGAAACUAUAAAUGAGGAAUUUUUAGAAGAAGGAAGCCAAGAGACCAUGGCAACGAUGAUGGGCAUGUCACUGGGAAUGUUGCUAGCUCGGUUUACCUCUGGAAACCCUUUGGCUAUUUGGUUUUCGUUUCUCUCUCUCACCGUGUUUCAUAUGUACGCAAACUAUAGAGCUGUCCGGUGUCUUGUAUUGAAUUCAUUAAACUUCGAGAGGAGUUCGAUUCUUCUAACGGAAUUCCUGCAAACCGGCCAAGUUAUCUCUCCCGAACAGGUUUCUUCAAUGGAGGGUGUAUUGCCCUUGUGGGCCACUUCAUUGAGGUCAACUAAUUCAAACACAUUGCAUAAGAGAGUGCACUUAGGUGUUAGAGUUUCUUCUCUCCCUCGUCCAGAUAUGAUGCAACUCCUAAAUGGUGUUGGAGCUUCUUCUCAUAAGAAUGCUAAGUACUUGUUGGCACAUAGAAAGGGAAACGUUAGUGUGAUUUUGCACAAAGACUCGGAGGCUUCAGAUGUGUUGAAAUCAUACAUUCACGCGAUUGUGUUGGCAAGACUUAUGGAAGAAACCGCAGCUUUUUAUCCAGAAGGAGAAGCUUGGAUGGAUAAACAUUAUGACGAGUUUCUCAACAAGCUGAGAUCAGGAGGUUGGAAAACAGAACGUCUUCUUGCUCCUUCCAUUACAUGGAGAGCUAAUUGGACAUCUCACCCUUCGGCUGCCAAGAUCGAGUUCAUGACUCUUGUGGAAGUUCACUGGCGUGAUACUAAGCAUCUGGAGAAACUCAUGUCAGGAUGUCCGGUUCUUGAAGAACUGACCUUUGUGAGGGAUAUGAAUUGUAAUUUUGCGGAUUCGGAUGUUGAGUUUAUUCGUGUGAAAUCUCGGAGCCUGAAGACGUUUCGUGUUCCGAAACCCGGAGAGUAUUGCAGUUCGUGGGUGAAAUCCACACUUGAGAUUGAUGCUCCAGGGCUAGAGCAAAUGAGUCUUGGAGAAGAUCAUUUUGAUAGCAUCGUGGUAAAGAACCUGAGUUCUCUGUUCAUGGUUGACCUCGAUAUCAGAUUUCUUGGAAGGUUUUUUAAUCCGGAGGACGUACCAAAGAGAGAUGAAAUCCGUGAUUUUCUCACUGGGAUGUCGAGUGUAAGACAUAUGAUCAUCUCUCAUAAAAUAGUGAAGGCGCUUGAUCGUUACUCAAAAGUAGGAAUGAUUCCCAAAUUCAACAACUUAUACCGUUUACAAGCCGAGUUCCCGAGCAGCUUGUUGCGUUUUUUGCCAGCCUUUCUUGAGUGUUGCCCGAAUCUGAAACACCUAAUCUUGAAAGUUGUUUACUCAGAGAAGAUGGAGGUAUCGGAACUCAUAAAUGUGCCUCGGUGUUUCUUAUCGACUCUUGAGUGUGUUGAGUUAAAACGUAUGGUUGAACGGAAGGAAGAUGUUGAAUGGGAGGAGGAUGAGAUGAAAAUAGCGAGCUACUUUCUUGAAAACGCUUCAGUGCUGAAGAAACUGAUUCUGAGUAUCACAGAUUAUCCUCGACCUGGUUCGAUUCCAGAGAUAUACGAGGAGCUUAGCAGAUUCCCAAAACGUUCUCCUGGAUGUCGCAUUAUCCUUGUUUGAGAUAAUUAUUGUUGAUGCCAGUCAUGAAAUGAGGUCACGAGAGCAGUGAACGCAAGGAGUCUGCUUUGCCAUGAAGAUACGUUUUUGCUCUUCUUCUUAGUUCUGGUUGGAUUCCGUUUGAUGAUACAAGUUCUUCAGAGUCGGUUUGUAACUGCGAAUUGUCUUGUGAUUUUUUUUUUUUAUUAAUCUCAGUUUAUUAGACCAAUGGUUAAAAUGAUGAGUAUUCGGUUUACCUCCGUUGUAUUUCAAUUCGAUUAGUUUACUGUGAAAAAUGGUACUGAUUAAAGUCACAUGAAUUUUGCUUCAACUUAAC